AUGAUACAUCUCGACGGCAGCACCCUCGAAGGAGGCGGCCAACUUCUGCGGAACGCAGUUGCUCUGUCUGCUCUGACAUCUCGACCGGUCAAAAUAACCCGCAUUCGAGCCAAUAGACAAGGACCCGGCCUGAGGCCAUCGCAUGCAGUGGCAAUCCAGUGCCUACGUGAUGUCUGUGGUGGCACCGCUGUCAAUGCGACAGUGGGAUCUUCCGAAAUCACCUUCUACCCUCGAGGCCAACUUAGGGAAGAUGGCGAUGUUGCAUCGGAAGAGGAAGCCAACGACGGGGAUGAGGGCCUCGCUGCGCCAUUGGAAGCGAUGAUAAAACUGGAAUCGAUGAACGAUGUACUUCCGAUCCAGUCAGAGUACAACAUCCGCCUAAAGACCCCAGGCUCCGCAUUCCUUAUAUUUCAAGCAUUAUAUCCAUACUUAUUGUAUGCUGGCGCAUGCCACAAUGCUCGGGUUACCGAAAGGAACGCAAACCUCCGCGAAUCCAGUAUAAAACUGAGUGUGACAGGCGGGACGAAUGUCUCCUUUUCUCUCUCUCACGAUUACUUCUCACAGGUCCUUAUCCCAAAUUUUGCAAAACUGGGGCUACCUCAGCUCAGCGUGAACUUGAAGCACCGCGGUUGGAGCGCGGGUCAGACGAAUCUGGGGUCUGUAUCUUUUUUGAUCACCCCUCUGAAACUUCGAGAAACGAGGGAAGAAUCGAAUGAGGGAGCGGCGUCAGGGGAUAAUCAUGAAUCUAUGUCUGAUUCUGGUGCCUUCUCUCCGAUUUUCCCUAGAAUAGAUCUCCACGUGUUGAGGCGGGGCAGAAUCACGCAGAUCGAUAUCACGGUUUUGGCGCCAGACAUGUCUUUAGAUGAAGCAGGAUCGGCCCGCCGCUCGAAACGAGGAAAUAAAUACCACCACCCUAAUAGUAAACAGAGUCAUAUCACCGAUAGCAAAGACAGGAGCCAGGAAGAAGAUUUAGGGCUCGACUCCGACUCCGAUGGCUCUCCUGAGAUGCAACAACCCGGGAAACGGUUUGCCCCUAAUUCCGUUCGCGAGUUCAUCGAAAACUACACUUUUGAGAAAGUCUCCCACGAAUUCGGCGCGAAGAGAAAGGGGAACUCCAGCUUUCAGCCGCCGAAGAUCGAAUUACACUGGUCGGAGUCCACACACCACCGCUCUCGAAUUUAUGUUCUCCUUGUCGCGCAUACGUCGACAGGCUUCCGCCUGGGGCGAGACGCACUACUUGGUUCACCCAGUAGUCUUGAAUCAAACAAGAAGUCUGGCCACAAAGGCCCACGAAAGUCAAAAAGAAAAGGCAAAUCACGGACAAAUGCAGAUCACAAGACGGGAACGGACUUGGAACGCAUGAUCGGGGAUUUGGUUGACCAAUGUGUCGAGGACUUAAUGUAUGAGCUCGCGGAUGGAAGUGGCACGCGGGACCUCAAGAAAAUAUUAGGAGACGGCUUUUCGAACCGGUUCCUGGAUUCAUUCAUGCGUGACCAGGUUGUGGUGUUCCAGGCCCUGGGGAAACUUGGGGCAGGUGAUGCAGACAUGCCAUUGAACCAAGAUGAGGAGAGGGAUCUGAGUUUGCACACAAGGACAGCCAUGUGGGUUUGUGAGCAGAUGCUGGGAGUAAAGUUUUAG